AUGGCUCGUCUCUCCUGCCUUCUGGUCACUCUGGCCGUCUGCUUUCUCUUCUCCAAUGUGCAUGCUCGUCCCAUGACCCACUUCCACUUCUAUGGGAAGAUCGAGUGCCCGAAAGUAGUUCUGCGUUACCAGAUUUAUGCUCGUGAAUAUUCAUUCGAUUACCGCCACAGUUUCCGAGAACUUGCCAAGACACCAUUUCAAGUAGCCCAUAAACCAUACUCCUACGACCUCAAGUUCUCCACUAAUAUAACGGAACUCGCCACAGAUUACGACGUGGCACUCGUCAUCUCUCACGAUUGCACUGAUGAUGGGUCAACCAAGGAUUUCGGUAUUGUUCCUCAGACAAUUGAUGGACUCGGCCAAUUCUAUCAAUCUGGAAAUCAUACCGUCGAACUAAACUUUCCAAACAUCUUGAACGCCGAGCAUAAGAUCACUAAAAACGACUGGUAA